AUGUCGACAAGUCCCGUCGGCCAUAGUCCUGUCUCCGGCACCCACACUGGCCACCCGAUGAUGUCAACAGCCAGCGGCCUGAUGCCGGUAUCCAGCACUCCCACCAAGCGCCUGAUAUUGACAAGUCUACUUGCCGUAUCAAGGAAGCCCAACAACCGCCCGAUGCGGGCGAGUCAAGAUGAAAUGCCCAGCGCUGCCACCAAGCGCCCGACGCCGACAAGUCUAGAUCAAGUGCCCGGCACUCCUACCGACCGCCCGAUGCCGACAAGUCCAGGUGAAGUGCCUAGCGGUCCUACCGACCGCCCGAUGCCGACAAUUCUAGAGGAAGUGCCCGGCACUCCCGACAACAGCCCGACGUCGACAGGCUCCGCCGACGUAAAUGAGGGAUCCAGCUCUCCCACGCCCACCACCAACGCUCCUACAGCUACCUACUCCACCCUCGCGUGGCCAGCGGUCCUCGUGCUACUAUCAUCGUUGCUCCUCUGCUGGGUGUUGUCACCCCACAACUCAGCGGCGCCGGCCGCCCCCGAACUUGACAGCACCUACCACCCGGAGGAGCUGCUCGCUGUCAUCGGCCCCCAGGAGAGAUGCGAAUUGAGUGGUAUUCCUUGCGAAGGCCCUCGUUGCAACUGUCUGAAGAAAGCCAUGGAGGAUGCCGAACGCCUUUCUAAGCUUCUGAUCCCGGAUGUAGCUCCGCAUGAUCGAUCAUACCCGAGUCAGCGCGAGGUGGACUUCUAUUGUUCAUACAUCAAGGGAAAGCUUGAGCGGGAAGAAGCCAAAUGUUUGGAUGGAAAAUCCGAACCGGAGGACGAUGACACGUAG